GCGCUAACGAUGCUUCAUUCUGGUAGUAGUACUAAUAAUCACUAUUCUUCAUGACAUUGGACCGCAUUGGCGGUCAUUAGUCCUUUCGUUGGUCCAUGUCUUCACACUCUUGGGAUCAAGACGGGCGCCCUGCGCGGCGCCUGUCUAUUCCGCUUCAGAACUUAGACGGAUCGCAUCUCGAUAAUCAACAGACGCAAGCUGGUCUGUCACGGCAACAACCGAGCUCUGUUUCUCCGCCCGACGUUCCUCAAAUGUCUGCCAAUCUUCCUGGUAUCUCAACAUAUUGGGACCAACCCUACGAUCGUUUCGACGACGAUGUUAGCCCAGGGUCACCUAUAGAUCCAAUGGCUCUACAGGCUGCGCUCCCUCCGGGUAUGGAUCACCAUCAGCCAAGUCCUCCAAUGCCUUCUACACCGGUUCGUACAUACGACCCGCCUGCUCCCUAUGUCGAAGAUGCGCCGAGUACCGAUUACGCCGAGUCCGAUCGAGUUCCGUUGACAGCUGGAGUUGAGCCCAUCUCUGGUUCUUUAUCUGCCAGUAAUUUGGAUGACCGAAAUCGAGACAGUUUUCAAACAGUUUCAAGUCUGGAAAACAGCCCGUCGCGCGGUCGCAAUACGAGAAGCCUCGGCGAAGAUUUAAGAGCAAGCUAUGGUUCAACUCGAAAUCGUAACUUUGGCGCUUCUCUUAAUCCUAACGAAUAUCGAAGGUCAAGGUCGCCUUCUACAUCGGGCGCUUUGUCCCGUGCUGGUUCGAUUGUGCGGGCAAUGUCACAGAGAGUUGUCAACAUAAGCGGAGAGACAGAAGUCAUUGAUCAUCGUGCAUCGAGGCAUCGCUCCCGCUCACCUAGUAGACAUGAUCAAGAUAGGAAUCGGGAUACGAUGAAUUCGAUGUUUGCCGAUACUUCGUAUCAACCACAGUUGGUUCGGUCGUCAAGCGAAAAGUCUACAGAACCACGUUUUAAUGUGACCGAAGCUGAGCCAGAUAUACCGAGGCCUCCUUUACCAAAUCCUCUCAAAGGAAAGUCUCUGGGAAUCUUCUCACCGGACAACCCUUUGAGACUACGACUCUGCGACCUCUUGGUCAACCCAUAUACGGAGCCAUUCUUGCUUCUUUUGAUAGUCUUGCAGGCUAUUCUUCUCGCAGUUGAGGCUGCUCCGAAUGUAUUUGAGAAUGGACGCCCAGAAAGAUGGGGACAGCAUCCUAUUGAUUGGGCUAUGCUUGCUCUUUUCAUUAUCUUCACUCUGGAGAUUAUCUCGCGUAUUAUUGUGUCUGGCUUCGUGUUGAACGCAGCAGAGUACAGUACGAUUGACCGUAAACGGGGAAUCCGAGCCGCAAUAGCAGACCAGUAUCGUGCUGUUUUCCAACCGGAGCGGAUAAAAUCCGUAAAGAAGAAGUCGCAAUAUCGACCGGAACCGUCAGCAAUCUCAAGAUCUUUUACAACAUUUAUGCAAGGCCAGCAAGCAUUGCCAAGAACUCUGGAAGAGCACCAAAGGUUUCAGCUUGCUCGGCGAGCAUUUCUACGCCAUUCCUUCAACCGUUUCGAUUUUGUUGCCGUUGUCUCGUAUUGGAUCACUUUCUGCUUGAGCAUUUCUGGCCUCGAAACUAAACACGAUCUUUAUGCAUUUCGAAUGCUGAGUUGUUUACGAAUUUUGAGAUUACUUGCUCUAACGAACGGUACUGCGAUUAUUCUCAGGAGUUUAAAGAAAGCAACGCCUUUACUCGUUCGAGUUGCAUUUCUCCUCACAUUCUUCUGGCUUCUGUUUGCAAUUAUAGGGGUCCAGAGUUUCAAAGCCAGUUUGAGUCGGCAGUGCGUGUGGCUUGACCCCCUUGAUCCUACGGACCUUGAUGCUUCCUACACAAACGAGGAAGCUUUUUGUGGCGGUUACUUGAACAACCGAACGGGCGAAACUAUGCCGUGGCUCAAGUUCAACAAUUCAGAGUCCUUGACGGACCUUAUGAAUGGAACCAACGAAGGAAAGGGGUUUCUGUGUCCUCGAGGUUCCAUUUGUCUUCAGCAAUCCAACCCGCACAAUGGCACGGUCAAUUUUGACAACAUUUUCAACUCCCUGGAACUUGUGUUUGUCAUCAUGAGCGCAAACACCUUCUCCGAUCUUAUGUACAUGACCAUGAGCUCGGAUUAUGUCCAGGCCGCUCUCUUUUUUGGUGCAGGCAUCAUGAUCAUGAUGCUGUGGUUGACGAACUUGUUGAUUGCUGUCAUUACCUCAUCCUUCCAGGUCAUUCGUGAAGAGAGUAAAGCCAGUGCAUUCACUGUCAGCCAGGAAUCGCCGGUGCAAGCUCGAUCUGACGAGAGAAUUCGCCGAACAUCUUCUUUACAACGCAUGUUCAAUAAAACCCGUGCAGUGUGGAUUCUGAUCAUUACUUUUGGGUUGCUAUGCCAGGCCUGCCGCAGCGCAACCAUGUCAGCAAGAAGAGAGCGCUUCAUCAACACUGCAGAGAUCAUUGUUACCAUUCUUCUCGAUAUUGAGAUGAUCUUUCGAAUUGCGACUGAUUGGAAUCACUUCCACAAAAGUUGGCGUAACCUCUUCGACCUCGGCCUUGCGAUUAUCACCUCCAUCAUAUUGAUCCCCCCUAUUCGCUAUACCAGAGCGUAUUGGUGGUUGACGGUGUUCCAAAUCCUGAGAGUUUAUCGUCUUGUGUUAGCAAUACCAGUGACAAGGGAGCUUAUUCUCCUCGUUUUGGGCAAUGCUGCUGGUAUCGGAAACCUGAUGUUCUUUGUGUUUCUGAUGACAUUUUUGGUGGCGAUUUUUGCUGCGCAGUUAUUCAGAGGCGAAAUUCCCGUGUAUGAAGAUGGCGAGCUCAAUCGUAUCUCGUUCUACACUAUUUACAACUCCUUCUUGGGCAUGUACCAAGUUCUGACAAGUGAGAAUUGGACAGAUAUUCUUUAUACUGUCACCUCCUACACUAGGCACAAGAAUACCUCAUGGAUAGGAGCUAUUCUACUCAUUGGCUGGUUCAUUGUGGCUUUCUUCAUUCUCAUCAACAUGUUCAUUGCUGUAAUUCAGGAGAACUUUGAUGUAUCCGAAGACGAGAAACGGCUUCAACAAGUCAAGGCUUUUCUUCAAAGGCGAGACCUUGGAGCUUCAUCUAGCAACCUGGCCCUUUCUACAAUAUUCGGCCUGUCCAAACAUCGCAAAAAUAAGGACCCCCUUGACUACGGGCCAGCAACAGUCGAGAUGCUUCUCAAAGAUGCGGUGGUCCGCGAGUUUCUGGAUGAUCAAAUGAACCCUAAACCUGAGGAGGACCGGUUGCACCAUGCCCCUAUUAGAAGCGCAACUACGCUGUUGGGUGGUGAGAUCAAGCCUGGCCGUCUCUCUGCCAUGUGGGGACGGGUGAAAGGGUGGUUCAGCGACAAAGAGCCCAACCCCUUUUAUUCAAGCUUGCGGUUUGACGGCGCGAACGAUACCUCAGAUCCUCGACAAAUGGCUGAACAGGCCAUGUCUGCCACCAUGACUCGAAAGAGGGCUCAGCGAGAGUAUCUUGCAAAGUACCCAAAUUACAAUACCUCCUUGUACAUCUUUCCACCCAACAACAGCCUGCGCCGACUUUGUCAGCGGGUCGUUGGUCCUUCUCGGGGCAUUGAGCGCAUUGAUGGUGUAGUUCCCGAUACCCUCCUUUGGUAUUCUUUCACGAUAUUCAUUUACGCAGCAAUCGUGGCUAUGGUCGUCCUCGCAUGUGUGACCACUCCUCUUUAUCAGAAGGAGUAUCAAGAACAACAUCAGUUCAGUAUUAGGAAUUGGUACAUCUGGACAGACAUGGCUUUUGCGAUUGUGUUUACUGUUGAAGCUGCGAUCAAGAUCAUUGCGGACGGACUCCUGUGGACCCCCAAUGCAUACUUGCGAAGUUCCUGGGGAUUCAUGGACUCAGUUGUUUUGGUCACUCUGUGGAUCAAUGUUGUUACGCUCCUCAUCAAUGACGGCGCUAUUUCCAGAGCAAUAGGCGCAUUCAAGGCGCUUCGUGCACUUCGACUGCUGAAUGUUAGCAACAGCGCUAGAAACACAUUUCACGAUCUCAUUAUCGUUGGUUGGUGGAAAAUUCUAGGCGCCGCGUUUGUCUCGAUGUCUCUGCUCAUCCCGUUUGCCAUUUAUGGUCUCAACCUAUUCAAUGGCUUACUUUUGUCUUGUAACGAUGGUGGCGACGGAAUUAAUACCAUGGAUAAUUGCUAUGGCGAGUUCGAGAGCACACCAUUUAGCGACGACUGGCCAAUGCUUGCUCCGCGUGUUGCAGCGAACCCCUUCUUCAGCUUCGACGAUUUUGGGGCGUCUUUAUUUAUUCUAUUCCAGAUUGUUAGCCAAGAGGGAUGGACAGACGUCUCUUUUACUGUUCAAGCCAUUACCGGCCGCAUGAAGCAGCCCCAAGACCUAGCAUCGGAGGGCAAUGCCAUCUUCCUUGUCGUAUUCAAUCUGUUGGCCACCGUCUUCGUACUCACGCUCUUUAUCUCUGUUUUCAUGCGGAAUUAUACCGAACAGACAGGUGUCGCUUAUUUGACUGCGGAACAACGGUCAUGGCUCGAAUUACGAAAGAUCCUCAGACAAAUUUCACCUUCAAAGAGUUCGUAUGACGAUUCUGAGAAGAGCUGGAAGAAAUGGUGCCACAAGAGAGCCAUCGAGAAGAAGGGUAAGUGGUACCAGACAAUUACCGUUGUUCUAGUACUGCACUUGAUCGUGCUUGUCUCGGAAUUCGCCAGUGAGCCAUGGUGGUGGACGCGAUAUCGCGACUUCGUUUUCUUCGCCUUCAUCGUGGCAUACACGGCUAACAUUGCAAUUCGUAUCAUUGGCUUGGGCUGGGUGCGUUUCCGACGAAGCUCGUGGGAUCUUUACUCUCUGUUCAUUGUCUUCGGGGCAUUUGUUUCAACUCUCGCGUUACUCAUAUCAGACACUGAGAUUGAAACCUACGUCCAGCUACAUAAGGUGUUCUUGGUCGCCAUUGUACUCCUCCUCAUUCCUCGCAACGAUGCACUGGACCAGCUGUUCAAGACGGCCGCUGCUAGUCUGACAGUUAUUGGUAACUUGCUUGCCACCUGGCUGGUAUUCUUCCUGGUCUUCGCCAUUGCCAUGACUCAAGCUUUUAGUUUGACACGAUUUGGCGAAGAGACUGCGGAAAACAUAAAUUUCCGAACCGUCCCCAAAGCCCUGAUUCUGCUAUUCAGGAUGAGUCUAGGUGAAGGAUGGAAUGCUGUCAUGGAAGAUUAUGCCAGCAUAGAGCCGCCACUUUGCGUUGACGAACCUAGAUUCUUCGACAGUGACUGUGGUAGCCAAUCGUGGGCCAGAAUCCUGUUCAUCGCAUGGAACAUCGUCAGUAUGUAUAUCUUUGUGAACCUGUUUGUGUCACUCAUCUACGAGAGCUUCAGUUACGUCUUUCAACGCUCGAGUGGCAUGGCUGUUGUUGAUCGCGAUGAGAUUCGACGGUUCAAAGAAGCUUGGCGAAGCGUUGACCCAGCAGGUACUGGGUAUAUCACGAAAGCAGCCUUUCCCCGUCUUCUUGGCGAGCUCUCAGGCGUCUUUCAGAUGCGCAUUUAUGAUCCAGAGGACAGCGUUCACUCUAUUUUGGAAGAUAUAAGGGACGAUGUGAAACUCACACAUCACUCGUCCAUCGCGACAACCAGCGGAUUCAGUGGCAUUGACCUGAACAAACUCAAUGCACGGCUGAGGAGGAUUGACGUGGAGAAGGUGCGCCACCAGCGUCGGCGCUUUAACAUUUUUUACGAGGAGGUCUUGGUGUCCGCAGAUCCCGACAGGGGCAUCUCUUUCACGAGUGUCUUGAUGAUUCUUGCUCACUAUAACAUCAUCAGUGAUAACAAGAGCCUGAAACUCGAAGAGUUCCUAAGGCGUCGAGCUCGUCUCCAGCGAGUAGACGACCAAGUCCGACGUGGCGUGGUAUUGGGCUUCUUCGACACAUUAUAUUAUUCAAGACAAUUCAAGAAACAUAUGCUACGAAAGCACUCGGCCCGCAUGACGGCAGUUCCACAGCUGAACAUUCCGGAGAUUCUUGUUGAGAACGAUCUGAGCGACGAUGAAACAGGUGGAGCAGGACCGAGAUCUCCCCUCUCACCAGCCUCGCGUCCAUCGAGUGUUGACGCAGGCGAGCCACGCAACUGGCUGGGAUCUGUGGAUCUAUCGUUGCACGACACAUCGUGGAGUCACCCUCUCAGCUUCCCCAGGGCCGCGCCUCCAUCACCCACAACACCUGCGCAACCAUCAGCCUUUAGCUUUGAGAUCGAGGAGGAUGAUCCACAUGAGCAACAACAACAAUCGACGACGCAAGCAAGAUCGUCAGCGCCCUCGGGCCGUGAGAGCAAUCAUUUGGACCCCAUUAGCCCUGUGCAAGUCCGUGGAAUGCUUGACGACUCAGUUUGGGGCGAGAGUAUUCGCCGCAACGCCACAGUCCGACAAACACAGAACAGGGGCUCACAAGGGUAUGAUGGUUUCCACUGAGGAGGAAGCGAUGGAGGAGUUGAAGUUGCGGUUGACAUGGAACUUACUUGUGAGGAGGAGGGAAGUCCAGUUUUGGUGGUGAAACAAUGCAAUCAUGCACAUGGCAUCAAUGGAGGUUGCAUUCAGGAAAGCGAACUCAUGGCAUAAUUCAAAGCUGAGCACGGCGUUCCAGGGCAAUCAAUACAUGAGCAACGAGGGGGGGGGACAAGGCUACCCCCGGUAUCUAGUUUCGGUCGAUCAAGAUUCAAAAUAGACAUACAUUUUUCAUGCACAGAACGUUCGGG